CCGACAGAACGAAUCAGGACCAGUUUCAGGCCUGCACUCACGUUAUAGCCACGUUCGUACGUGCUGCCGAGGAACCGGACGAAGAGCAACAGGCGCACGGUACCCGAACCGGAGGAACAACGGAGAAGGAGAACUGAAGAAGGACGAGACGAAGAGGAGACGGAGGAACGAGAGGAAGAAAAAAGAGGGUGUACGCCGGCUGUGUCGUCGUUGUCGUCGUCGAGUUAAGGGUUGGAGAAGGAACGAGGGACCAUGUACCAUCGUGUGUUCGUCCUUUUGUUGGUCAGUGCGGUGACCUUGAGCAGGGCACAGUUUCGGUGCCCGGAACCGAAGGGCUUCUUCCCGGACCAGGAGCAAUGCGACCUCUACUACGUCUGCCUCGACGGCAAAGCGGAAGAGAAGCUCUGCAAGGAUGGCCUCGUGUUCAGGGACGACAACCCGAAGAAGGAGCUCUGCGACAUACCCGCGAACGUGCCCUGUGGAGAACGAACCCUUCUUCAGGAGCCACAGGCAACAAAAGGCUGUCCCCGUGCUAACGGCUACUUCAAGCACGAGGACCCGAAUUCCUGCGACCGUUUCGUCAACUGCAUAGACGGCGUCGCUCAGAUUCUGCCCUGUCCGCCCGGCUUGAUCUACGAGGACAAGAUGUCGAGCUGCGUCUGGCCAGCAGACGCCAGCAGACUCUGCGAGAACGUGAAGAGGGACGUGCUCGACGAUGGCUUCGUCUGCCCCGACGGAGACGUCGCGGGACCACUCGGCAGGAUCCUGCCGCACCCCACCUAUCCUCAUCCCGAGGACUGCGCUAAGUUCUACAUCUGCAAAAAUGGCGUCGUGCCGCAGAAAGGACAAUGCGAUAGUGGCACUGUGUACAGCGAGGACAGCUUCAGAUGCACCGAACCGGAGAACGUGCCGGGAUGCGAGGAUUACUACAAGAACAAGAAUUAAGUAAAGACAAGGUGUCAGUUACUCAGCGGUGCAUCUGUAACGCUUAAUAUUGUUUUUUUUUUAUACUUAGGAACAAUAAACACCCGUGAUACACUUACGUAAA